AUGGCCACCGUCGCAGCACCCACGCACUACGACGCCAUCAUCAUCGGCUCCGGCCAGGGCGGCGGCACGCCCCUCGCCAAGGCCUUCGCCGAGGCCAAACACAGAACCGCCUUGAUCGAACGCGCCCAUGUCGGCGGCUGCUGCGUCAACGAGGGCUGCACACCUACGAAAACCAUGAUCGCCUCCGGCAGGGUGGCGGCGCUGACGGGGCGGGGCCCGCAGUACGGGGUGCAUCUGCCGGGAUCGUCGCAGAGCGACGCACACAAACCGAACACGAUCGUGGUUGAGAUGGAGAGGGUCCGGCAGCGGAAGCGGGACAUCGUGGAGUCGUUCCGGAGGGGCGGGGAGAGUCGAUUGAAAGCCGCUGGGGUCGAUGUCUUGAUGGGGGAAGCGAGCUUCGUGGAUGGGAGGACGCUGGCGGUGGCGAUGCGGGAUGGCAGCAGCAAAACGGUUACCGGCGGGACGAUUGUGAUUAAUACAGGGUGUCGGCCGUCUGUUCCGGAGAUUGAGAGUCUUGAUGCGAUUCCGCGGGACAGGGUCUUGGAUUCGACCUCGGUGAUGGAGUUGGAUCGCGUCCCCGAGCAUUUGGUGGUGGUUGGUGGCGGGUAUAUUGGGGUCGAGUUCGGGCAGCUGUUUCGGAGACUCGGGGCUAGGGUUACCAUCCUCCAUCGCGGGACGCAGCUGUUGCCGCGCGAGGAUCCCGAGCUGGCGAGGAUGCUGCUCGAUAUCUUCCGGGAAGAUGAGAUGGACGUCUUGCUGGAUACGAUACCCGUUCGUCUUCAGCCGGUCGCCGACGACAGUUUUGAUCUUUCGAUCACGUCGAAGCAAGGCGACCGAGUCCUAAGCGGCGUGUCACAUAUCCUCUUCGCGGCUGGGCGUGUACCGAACACUGAACAGCUAAAACUCGAUGCGGCAGGUGUUGAGAUCGACCCAAAGGGCUAUAUCGCCACCAACGAAUUUCUGGAGACAUCUGUGCCUGGCAUCUAUGCUCUGGGUGAUGUCAAAGGCCCCCCGGCGUUCACGCACGUCUCUUACGACGACUUCCGGAUCCUCAGGUCCAGCCUUGUGGCAUCCCACCCGCCAGCGGCUAAGCAGUCAACCAAAGGCCGGCUGAUUCCCUAUGUGGCGUUCACUGACCCUCAGUUCGCGCAUGUGGGAUUACACGAGCACGAGGCACGAGAAAAAUACCCCGACAAAAGGAUCCUCACUGCGCUGAUGCCGAUGAGCUAUGUAGCACGGGCCUUGGAGAUCGACGAGGUCAGAGGAGCCAUGAAGGCGAUCGUUGAUGGAGAGAGCAAGCUCAUCCUGGGAUUCUCAUGCUUGGGCGUCGAGGGUGGGGAGCUGAUGAGCGUGGUGCAAAUGGCCAUGGCGGGAAAUUUGUCGUAUGAGAAGUUGCAAGAUGGUAUCUUUGCACAUCCCACACUUGCAGAAUCCUUGAAUAAUCUUUGGGCGUUCUUGAAGUGA